AUGUACCCGCAGGAGGUCAAGUUCGCACCGCGCCCGCGUCCGGCCGCGCGCGUCUUUCGCCGCGGCUUUCGCCGCGGCGGCGAAACCAGGGCCGCCGCCGCGAGCGCUUUCCCCCCGCCGCAGGAUCUCUUCAAGGACAAGAUCGGCCUGCUCGAUUCCUACGCCGUCGACGACAGGGUCUGCGUGUCCUUCAACAUCCGCGGCAACGAGUGGCAGGGCCGCCACUACGUGAACCUGCAGGCGUGGCGGCUCCAGAACCUCGCGGCCGGCGGCGGCGACGGCUACGCGAGCCCGCCCGUCGCGUCGUCGGGCGGCGCGAGCGCGAGCCCCUUGGACGCGCCGUUCAGCUCCUUCACCGCGGACCCGCCCGCGGACGGCGGCGCCGCGCCGAAGAAGGACGACGUGCCCUUCUAG